AUGUCUCCAACCACAAGGAGAAGCGCGAAAGAAGCUACAGAGGCAAAGAAUACGAACGAAGAUGCCCCCGAAGAAGUGAUUUCAUCGCGUGGAAAGCGGAAAUCGACCGGAAAUGAUGAUAACGAAAACACCACUAUAAAUCCUCAAAAUACACCACCGAAGCGACAAAGAUUAGCAGUGCGAACACGAGAAGACGAGAGUACCGGCAGUGGGCGAAAGACACAUCUCGAGGUAGAAAUACCUAUAUCCAGCAAUUCAAAACCCAAGAGAUCUCAGAAAAGCGCCGUGUCCGAUUCACAAGGAGUCGAGGAAGACUCUGAUCCCGAAGCUGAACCCUCGAGUGCCUCGAAGCAAUUGGAAGAUGAAGCAAGCCAGCAGUUAGCCUCACAAUCAGUUGAACCCGACGCGACACCCGCUCCUAAACCCAAGGGCAAGCAUGUUGUUUUUGGCGACGACGACGAUGUAGAGAAAUUCGUCGCUGCCGCUGCUAAGACGAAGACUGGCGACAAGGAAGGAGAAGACCAAGAAGACAGCGAUGACGAUGAUGCCCCCGAAGCCGUAUCAACACAAACCGCCGCCAAGCAAAUACAAAAAGCAGCGCAAGCCGCCUCUGAAGCCGCCGAUAAACAAGCCGCAACCCUAAAACGCAAACGUCAAGAAAAAGACACCCUUUACAAAACCCAAGCAGCCGAACGACGAAAACGCACCCGCAGCGCCGUCGAAGUCCACCAAACGAAACCAAACUCCAAGCCCACCGCCGACCGCGGCGGUAGCGAAGACAACACAGCCGAAAUCGAAGAAGCCAUAACCUCCGGCCGACGCCGCGCGCACAAAUUCCAACUCCCCACCAUCCUCCCCCCCGAAUUUCUAACCGAUUCCUCCGACGAAGACGAAGACGAAGACAAAACCGCCCUCAAAAAGCGUAAAACCAUUAAACCCCAAUCUAAAAAAAUAAACUUCGACACCCUCGGAAACGAGGGUAAGAAACCCCGCGAUCAAAUCGUAGGAACGACGCGAUACCGCGUGUUAGCCGAACAAGCGGAUCCGGGGUUAGCGCCGAGACGACGACGCGAUGCGCAGAGGGCGAAGGAGAGUUUGUUGAAGAGGAGGAGGGAGGGUGUUGUGGUUAAUAGGCGGAAGGGGUUUUUUGUCAAAUAG